UCAUACGCGUCGGCGCGGUUAAGUUCAACCGGGGAGUUUCCACUUGAGAACCGAAAUCCUCUCGACACUCUCAGCUGUUGCAUCUGGCGGAGAUCUAUCCGCUGAAACAUGGCGCGGGCUUUGGGGCUGUUUGCGAGUUGUUUGUUGCUCUUUCUCUCCUCCGGCGCGGAAGGACGGAGCAGGGACAGAGUUUACUACGUGGGGAUCGUUGAGGACUUCUGGGAUUACGCACCGAGUGGGAAGAAUCUGCUCAACGGGCAAGACGUCGGGAAGGAUGAGCAUGCAUCCACGUUUCUGAAAAGAGGAGCCCAUCGUAUCGGCAGUGUUUACAAGAAGGCCAUGUUCAGAGAGUACACGGAUGCCACGUACAGCCGCCUGGCCUCCCGACCGCCCUGGCUCGGCUUCCUGGGGCCGAUACUGCGAGCUGAGGUUGACGAAGUUAUCGUGGUCCACCUGAAGAACUUUGCGACCAGGAGCUACUCCAUGCAUCCUCAUGGAGUUUUCUACGAGAAGAAUACAGAGGGGGCGCUCUAUCCAGAUGGGACAUCAAGCGAGAUGAAGAAGGACGACUCCGUUCCCCCCGGGGGCAGCUACACCUACCGCUGGGAGGUCAGGCCAGAGUUUGCCCCCACGGAUGGCGACGCCAACUGCCUGACGUGGGUCUACCACUCCCACCUGGACGCCCCCAGAGAAAUCGCCUCGGGUCUUAUCGGAGCUCUGCUCACCUGCAAGAAAGGAAUCUUGAAGGAGACGAACAAUCCAGUCCAGGAUCAGGCAAAGCUAGAGUCUGUCCGAAAUGAUGUGGACCAGGACGUCUUCCUGAUGUUCAACGUGGUGGACGAAAACCUGAGUUGGUACCUGGAGGACAACAUUCAAAACUGCUCCGAUCCGGGCGGAGUCAACCAGGAGGACCCAGACUUUCAGGAGUCCAACCAGAUGCACGCUAUUAACGGUUACAUGUUUGGUAACCUGCCUGGAAUCCAGUUGUGCCAGCACCGCGCCGUCGCCUGGCAUUUGUUCGGCAUGGGUAACGAGGUGGACAUUCACUCGGCCUUUUUCCACGGGAACACGCUGCUGGACCGCGGCCACCGCACCGACGUCCUCAGCCUCUUCCCGGCCACGUUUGCGACGGCUGAGAUGGUCCCGAAGGCCACGGGAAAGUGGUUGCUGACGUGCCAGGUCAACGACCACUUGCAGGCUGGGAUGCAGGCGUUUUAUGAAGUGACGUCAUGUGGCGGUGAAGCCGACUCUACAGUGGCGAGUGGCAUUGUGAGAAACUACUACCUGGCGGCGAAGAAAGUCCAGUGGAGCUACGGCCCCUCGGGAAGGGAUCUGAUUAACAAUGUAUCCCUCACUGAAGCCGACAGUGCGUCUGAGGUGUUUUUUGGACGAGACAGGGGGGGGAUCGGAGGUGAAUACCUCAAAGUGAUAUACGUGGAGUACACAGACGACACCUUCACCGUCACAAAGCCACCGAGCCCCAAUUCUCAACACUUGGGAAUCUUGGGUCCAGUCCUGAGGGCAGAGGAAGGAGACACUCUCAGAGUGACUUUCAUGAAUGAAGCUGAUAGAAAUUACAGCAUCCAGCCUCAUGGCCUGCAGUACGAUAAACGCUUCCAGGGAGUCAGCUAUGAGGACGGUGUUGACAAGCCGGGCUCCCACGUUGGUCCAGGGCAGAACUUCACCUACACCUGGCAGGUGCUGGAAGGGCCGUCCUCAUCCGAUUCCCCCUGCAUCCCCUACCUGUACUUCUCUGCCACCGAUCCCGCCGCAGACACCAACUCCGGAUUAGUGGGACCGCUGCUCGUGUGCAAGAAGGGAACGCUGGCGGAGAACGGAGCCCAGAAGGGUCUGGAUCGAGAGUUCUUCCUCCUGUUUUCUGUCAUGGAUGAAAAUAUGAGCUGGUAUUUGAAGGAGAAUAUUGAGAUGUUUGGCAGCACCGACACAAACCCAUUAGGCGAAGACUUUGAGGAGAGCAAUUUGAUGCACGCUGUGAACGGACGCAUGUAUGGGAACCUUCAGGGACUGGAGAUGUGUGCCGGGGACAGAGUGAGUUGGUACACGUUUGGGCUCGGCACAGAGGUGGACAUCCACGGUGUUUAUUUCGAGGGGAACACCUUCAAGAAGCAGAGCACGACACGCGACACACUCAGCGUGUUCCCUCACACCACGGCGACCGCCUUCAUGCAGCCGAGCACUCCUGGCCUGUAUGAGGUGAGCUGCAGGGUGACGGACCACUUCUCGGCCGGCAUGAGGCAGCACUACCGGGUGAACCUCUGCCCGGGUCACAAACCCAAGCUCGCGCACUCGCGAGGGCCGACCCAGAUCGUGCAGUAUUUCAUCAGCGCCGAAGAAAUAGAGUGGGACUUCUCGCCAAAAAGAGACUGGGAGCUGGAGAAGCACAACGCCACGCAGGAGAACAGUCCAGGCAAUAUAUUUGUGGCAAAAGGGGAAAACAGAAUCGGCUCGCGCUACAAGAAGGUGGUGUACAGAGAAUACACCGACGGCACCUUCAGGGUCCAGAAGGAACGGCAGCAGCACUUGGGAAUUCUGGGUCCAAUAGUCAAAGCGGAGACCGGGGAGCAAGUUGUGAUCACGUUCAAGAACAAAGCGAGCCGUCCGUACUCGAUCAGCCCGCACGGCGUGAAGGCCAGCGGCGCUCACAUCCCCGUCAACCCCGGCCGCAUCAUCGAGCUGACGUGGGAUAUUCCUGAAAGCUCUGGUCCGGGGGUCUCGGAUCCUAACUGCAUCUCGUAUGCCUACUACUCCAACGUGGACUUCGUUAAGGAUCUGUACAGCGGUCUUGUGGGGCCGCUGGUCGUAUGCAGGCCCGGGACGCUGCAGCGCGGCGAGGGGCCCGACAGACGGAGGACCGACGUGGAGAAGGAGUUCGCUCUGCUCUUCAUGGUGCACGAUGAAAACCAGUCGUGGUACUUGGACGACAACAUCAGAACAUACCUUGAAGUCGACCCGGAUACCUUCGUUAAAGACGAGGACUUCCAGGAGAGCAACAUGAUGCACGGGAUCAAUGGUCAACUGUAUGGGAACCUCCGUGGACUGGAGAUGAUCCAGGGCCAGAAGGUUGACUGGUAUCUUCUGGGCAUGGGCAACGAAGUGGACAUACACACCGUUCACUUCCACGCUGAGACUUUUACCUACAAGACGGACCGCGUGCACCGUGCAGACGUCUUCGAUCUCUUCCCCGGGAUUUUCCAGACCGUGGAGAUGGUCGCCGGGAACCCGGGGACGUGGCUGCUCCACUGUCACGUCACCGACCACAUCUACGCCGGCAUGGAGACCACGUUCACCAUCGCCGUUCCCAAAAGCUCCUCACAUGCUCCAGGAGUCGGAGGCUCCGUGACGACGCUGCUGCUGUCGCUGGCCCUCGGCCUCGCGGCUGCAGGGUGGGGCCCGCGCUGACGAAGGGACUCCGACUACUGGGGAUAUUAAUGCACUGACCACGAAACCCAGGGACGAAAUCACUGCCUGUGUUAGCGAUAGAGCUCAUGCCUGUAAAUAAUCAAGCAAUAAUCAGACCAGUCCAAAUAUAUCAAAGGAGGUAAAAUCAUGUAUGAAGUUAUUUGGACUACCAAAAAAAAAAGGCUUUUUAUAUGUAUGAGUUGUUUCUAUGUUGACUUUUUUUUAAAUCUGCCAUGUUGCUGCACUGGGUUUGAUUUUGUUCGUGUUUUAGUUGCAAAGCGUUGUUGUACUAUCAUGUUUAUUCCAGUUCUGAUUGUGCAAUAAAGACAUGGAUGUGA